UUUUGAACAUCCUCUUGAAAAACUGGGUUUGCACCCGCUAAGAAUAUUUUGUUCCAUCAGUUAUGUGGGAACUAUCCUUACUUGCGAACCCAGCAAAUAAACACAAACAGAAAAUAAUAAUAAUAAUAAUACAGGUCAGAUGUUUACUAGUAGCCCCGUAUCACUUUAGGAAGGGUUUUACCGAAAUCACGGGUGACAUCCGGCGGUUUUCAUGGUCAGGGUUUCAUCUUUCUAUGUCUCUUACUUGUUUCAGUCAUUCGACCCUGCUUGAUUUAUUUCCUCUUUUUUAUAGUUUCUAAUGUCUCUAAGUUAUUCUAUCGGUGUGUUAUUACCGAACCGCUGCAUCACAGACGUAAACAAACCAACAUCGGUUGCCAAGCGGUGAUGGGGAACAAAAACAAAGAUACACACAUGCGUUUGCUAAUGCAGUAGGAAAAAAAAAAGAACUCAAGACAGGGGUAUAUUAAUUGUUUUUAUUAUUGAUAAUUGGCAGAGUUACAGGGAGUUAUGAGCAUUGCGUUGGCAAAGCACGAAAUCUCAGCCCUUAAAUCACUGUAACACACACAAUUUAUAUAUAUAUAUGUGCAUACAUGCAUAUUUAUAUAUAUAUGUAGUGUCAAUAUAAUUUAUAUCGGAAAAAGAAGCACAUUCUAAAGAAUAGAGCAGUAAGUGUAUAUAUUAUUCUUUAACAAGAAUAUUAUUGACAGUGAUUUCGAAGUUUUGGCCAGCUAGGUUUCCGUCUCCUAAAACCAGAAGGCUUUCAUCGACUCGAUAACAGGAUAGAAGACACGGCCGAGGUAAAGAAUAGGUACACCUCCGGUUUUCGGUGUAACAAAAACUUUAAACCCCAACCCUAAAACUCUAACCUUAAACCCUAACCUUGAUCAACCGGGUGUACGUAUUCCUUACUUUCGCCAAAGACACUUGCUCAGAAUGUCACGCAGUGGGACAGAGCCCGGAAUGAAAUAGUUGGGGAGAAAACUUCUCGCCGCACCGCUAAGAUUGCGCCUUCAAAACAAACGGAAAAACGAGAAAAAGAAACUUUGAAAGUGAGACGAGUUUAAAAAGUAAAUAUUUUAUCAAAACCUAAACAGAACCAAUAUUAUCCAGCUUGUUUUUAUCGAAGACGGUUAGAUGUAAGUUGGCUGCUAUUUCUGGGAUGUUGAUCGACUUCUUGGAGGUUUAAGGAACAAAGCUUUUAACUUUUAUUUUUGCGUUCUUCAUUUCAAAUUCGCGAGAGACAAUCUGAGAUAAUUCCACUGACAGACAAAAGUUGAUGGGACCGAUGUGGCUGUAAGGAGUGUUUUUUGCAGUUUUAAAGAAGGCAUAAGAAACGAUGAAGACGAAACAGAUGACGAAAAGAAGGAGAAAGAAGAAAAAUAGACAGGCCAGCCUUCUCCAUUGUGAUCCCGCCAUCACUGACAUUAUGAGCAAUCAGGCGUCUUUUAUUAAGAUGUUUGAUGUGUUUCCUGACCACGUCAACCAUCUCUUCCCAAUUAUCUUCCAGUGUUCUAACUGCAAGGUAAUCUUCGGAGACUCCCUCUCCUGGGAGAUCACCAACGAAGCCAUGCAAGUCAUCUGCUUGUCUAAGGCAAGUGAUUUUGUUAUCGUAGAUGAAGAAAUCUUGAUCCAACGAUCUGAAAGUAAUCAAAUAAGCACCUACAGUAAACUCUCCUGCAAAGGAUGUCGACGGGUCGUUGGCAAGUUUUUCCAUUCCACAUAUUACGAUUUUGACCAGUUUCGGGGUUUGUUCACGUUCUAUGUCAACCAAAUUUCCAUGUACCAGACUGGACAAGAAGGUACCUACAAAGACAUAGCACAGCUUGAAUACAUUGAUCCGAUCAAGUGUAUCCUGAUAAGCCUCAACGAACGUCUGACAUUGAUUGAAAAGAAGCUGGGAAUCGUCCGAGGAAGCAGUAAUAUGGAUGGCAUCGGCAACCGUGAUGGUAGGGGUGCUAAUGUCAGUGAAGAGGGGAAUAACGUGAACCAGCUCUCCAGCAAUGGGGACAUCACAUUGUCCAGGGGCACCACCAUCACCUCUAACAGCAGCAGCCAAGUGCAGACCGAUUCCAUAGAACUACAUGGCAAUUUGUCUUCAAGUGAGGGAGACACCAGUGGCAGCUUCUCCGAGGUGUCCAAUGGAUGACCAGUCACUCAUCUGUUUUGUGGACCUCUCAUACCUGACCUGCCCUUGCUGACAUCUCGUACCUAAUGUUCCAUUGUUGACCUUUCAUCUCCGAACCACUGCAACUGACCUCAUGCAUGACCUCUCAAACUGCCCCACCUCCUCAUCCACACUUAAAUGGCACCAUGUGGCAACCAUUUCCCUUUUUACUUCAUUCUUUCAUCACCGUUGUCAUCGACCACCUUGCAGCAUCAGGAUUCUUUGUUACCAUGGUAAUACCAGAAGAGUUAAUCAGUUUCCGGCUUUGUUUGUCAAACAUGUCCUGAUCAACUCUGCUCUGUUUGUCUCUGUUGUUGCUGUUGAUUUGCUUUUUAUUUUAUUUUUUACAAAUGAAUUUUUUCCUUUCUCUCAUAAGUAAUAUAUAUACAUAUUUAGGCACGAAAUAGCAACUACCCUGUAACUUAUCUUUGGAUGCUGGCUUUGUUGGGUGGAGGUGCUUAUUUUUAACUAUGGCUGUAUGUAUUGUGUGUGUGUGUGU